AUGACCGCACGCAUCGUCGAGUUCAAUUCUCGAGUUGCGAUGAAUGCCGGAAAUCCCGAGUCGCCUGCGAUGCGGGCAGAGCGCGUCGCAAUCAGCACGACCCACAGGAGUUGCUAUCUUGCACAAGGUGUUCAAACCGGCAGUGGCAAUGCACUUUCGAGUUUCGCAUCGGCAUGGUCAUUCAGAGAGCCUUCCAAGAUAGUGCCUACGUCGUUACCCAGUGAGGAAAAUUCGCUCGAUGCAGUUGACCAAUCAUGGCUUCAUACUAUCUACGAUUCGGGGUUUGAGACUGUCUUCGGUUCCUGGAUGGGGAGGUAUAGUAAUCCAUUUGCGUUCGGAGAGCAAAGUCUAUCAGACAUCGUAAGUAUUCGUCGGCUUUGUAGCCAGCUUGACAAGUGGAUCGAGGAUGGACAUGAUGGCACAGGCACCAUGGUGGAUUUUGGUGCCUCACCAGAGUCGUUCAGAAACGAAAAUGACUUGCAGAUCGAUCAUUAUCUCGACUGUUCUAUCCAAGGCUUUGCAGCUCGAUGGCUGCCACUGGUAUUUCCCACCGAGACUGAAGUAGUGCCACGACUCGAGAUUGUGAGAGCCUUAUGGCGACGGGCGCACAGAGAUAUGCUCAAAGUUAUCAACAGACCCUCUUAUCGAUCCAUGCUGGCCUUACUACUAUUCGCUCUGACUCCGAUACCGGUUGGAAUAGGCGAGGAUGAAGAGUUAGAUGGUGUUUCCGGUCAACAUUGCGUUCAUGCUGCACUUCAACAGAUUCAGACACUGCGUGCUCGCCAGAGAAGUCUUCAAUUCAAUGGUACCCGAGUAAGCCUCGCCAGCGUGAGGCGUACUUCAGCUACAAGCCCCCAGUCACUUGCAACGACUAAUUUCAUUAAUGCUGAGAGCACUGCAUACUGGGCUGCACUGACCUUCGACACAUCUGCAUCGUUGACCAUGAGUUGUAGGCCUUUGCUGUCGUCUGGACUAUUUGGAUUCGACGCUGAACCGUCCUGGCGCAUGGUCCGAACAUGCACCGAGAUAUUCAAAGGAAUGACCAAGGACUGGAAGGAGCUUGACUUUGAAAUGACCAAUGAAAAGGCAAAUCAGAUCAUCGCAUCUGGGGCAGCGUGGAAGCUGUUACAGUGGAAAUUGACGGCAAAUCUCAAGGAAUCAUUGAGAGAUGGACAUGACGAAGUCGAGGUCGACAAGGCCUUCAACGCUGUGUCCGACGCCAUUGAUCACUUCAACGCCACCUAUCGAGAUUUGCUCAGUGCAUGCCAGACACGAAUACAGUUCUUCAGUCAAGAAACCAAACUUCGAUGGUAUGAACUAGUGAUGCAUUAUAAUCUUAGUAUCUUGAUGGUUCCAGAUAUAGUGGCCACCACACAUCGUGAGGAUCUCCUAUCCCUGUUCUCGUCGAAACGAAUGAAUGCAGAAACAUGGGUCAUGAACUGCUUAGAAUUUGGGUUGAACAACAAGUACACCUUGCAACUUCGAAGCGAGACAGGCGCUUCUGAUCCGAAAGCACCUUUCACACAAAAGUCCUCAAUCACGGUUCCUCUAGUUGCGGUAGACCCAUAUCCACAUCAUGUGGUCGCAGCUGUGAAGCUGAUGCAACAAGCGAUUGAAAGGGACUCGUCCAGGGGAAAGAUUGGUCCAGACGCCCACAAUAAUCUCCUCUCCACUUUGAGGCAGACACUCGAACAAUUACCACAAUGUUCCAAGUCAGUACAGAUGGCAAGAGCCGAAUUUGCAAAACCGGAGAAUCCUUCCCAGCCAGCAUACCCACCGUGGUAA